GCAGCCAUGGCAAUCUGACAGCCGUAAGACACAAUACUCGUGCAUUUGAAUCAAUCGGCGUUUAGAGUGUUUUCAUAAUGCAGCGUUCAGAGGAAGAGAGGUUUUAUAUUCAAUGCAGGGCUGCGUAUCUGUCCGUGUUCAGAUCUAGUCUGAUGAAUAUGACCUCAAAAGAUCAGCUGUGCACCGUUCUUCAGCAAGCGGGUAGAAAUCCAUCGCAGAAGGCUUUAGACAAGUAUUGGCCCCCAGGAACUAAGAAGUUGAAUUUUGAUGACUUUUGUGAUAUACUUAAGAAGGAAAAACCAGCAGAAGCAGACCAGCUUAUGAGAAUUUUCAAGAAAUUUGAUGUAAAUUGUGAUGGAUAUAUCUCACACGAUGAGCUCAGCAGAAUCCUGACUUCAACUGGAGAAAAAAUGUCACCCAAGGAAGUGGAUGAAAUCUUUUCCUUAGCAGAUGUCAACAAAGAUGGGAAGUUAGACUAUGCAGAGUUUUGCAGGCUUCUCGGGUCUACAGUAGAGCAGUGUCAGGCUGCAGCACAUGAGAAGCUUGAGUCUGAUGCCAAACUGAAGAGGCAGAACUUUGGCAACCAACUGGACAAACCUUUGCAGAGCCCAGAGACCCUACCAGAGCUCCCAGCCUCAGAGACACAUCCCAGAGCAGAGAUGGAAACCACACAUAGGAAAGGUAUGAUGGACAGUCGCACCUCAUCCAGACCAUCUUCAGCUCGCAGUCGUAGGUCAUCUUUAUCCACUACCAUCACAAUGGGCACUGGCAGCAUUAAGAGUGGCAGACUGACAGAGCCCAAAUCGUUACAGAAUUGGCAUCAUAAUUUUAUGAGAGGGUGUUUUUACGUGGAGGAAGAUGGAACGAUUGUUUCCCUCCAGUAUCGCUUGCAUAUCCCAGAGACAACCAGCGUCUACCUGACCAUUCGGCCUUGCAACCUGAGCCUGAUUCCUGAGAAGCCUUCCCCGUGGAUGUGUGUGGACACAGCUCUCUAUGUGGUGACGGGUAACGAGACCAAAGAAGAUACAAACUUAGUGUGCUUUACUGAAUUGAGAGAUAAAGAGAGGUUUGUGUGGAGAGGAGAACUCAACGCCGGCUCAUUUCUCCUUUUCCCCUUCACCACUGGCUGCAGACUGAUGAAGAGAACGAGGAAGACCACCAGUAAAACUGCUCAGCUAGUCAACCGCACCCAGUCUGGAGAGCUGGAGUUAACCAAAGAGUUCAAGGCGGCCUUGUCUGACAUUUUUGAAGUGAUAGAUUUGGAUGGAAAUGGUCUGUUGAGCCUAGAGGAGUACAACUUCUUUGAACAAAGGACCAGUGGAGAGAAAUGCGAUGAGGAUGCGUGGGCCAUCUGCAAAGAGAACUUUGACACAAAGAAUAAUGAGUUAACAAGACAAGGCUUCCUGGAACUCAACCUGAUGGAAGCAAAUGAUCGUGAGGGUGACCCUAGGGAUUUGGGGCUCACCUUGGAGGCCAUGGGUUACAACUGCAGCUUAGAGAUGGUGGAGGCCUGUCCGUUUGUGAUUGACGUCUACUGUGAGAAGGUCAAGGCAAAUCUACAGGCUGUUAAUUUGGAUUCUGGUAUUAAGAUGUUGAAUUCAGCAGUACAGAGGUCUAUCUCGUCUAAAGCAGAAGCCAAAUCUCUGAAGGGUCACGAGAGUGUCUUGGUGUAUACAUACAAAGGAGAAAGUAGGAUUUCAUCCGUUAUAGCCAAUAAGUCCAAUCAAAAGGUGACUGUGCACAUCAACAAUGAGCAGAGCAAGAACUGUGUGAGCAGCAGGGGCAUGAGUGUGUUUGCUGUGGAGGUUCCUGCUAGGACUAAAAUGGUGUGUCAGCAUGUCAUGGCUUUAAACGAUCAACAGGAGUGGACCUACAACUGUAUUGAGAGCAUUAUACCAAGUUUGUAAAUGCUGCAGUCGAUUAAGAGAGUUAUUACAAGGUCACAAGUGAUGUAGAUUGCAUGUAAAACAAAUCAUAUAAUAGUCGUGCUUGUUUGUAACAAGGAUUAUUAUAAGCAUAAUGAGUUUACGAUUGUGUUUUCAAAUGAUGUUUGUUCACAAAAUGCACUGUGAGAAGCUGAUGUGCCUUUGUACAAAUACAAAUCUGUUUCUGUAAGCAGUAGUUAACGAUUUAUAUUCUGUAGAUCUUACAUUCAUGAUGUUUAAUGUGUAAAUAAAGCAAAUG